AUGGGUUCUUGGGAUUGCUACUGCGCCAUCUGCAGCGGGCCAUUGAAGGCCCAAUCCGUCCGCAGGACUUCUCGCGGGGUACCUUGGAAACCUGCUCAGCGUGACCGCGCAGAUGGGGAAGAUGUAGAUGAGGACGAGGAUGAAGAUCAGGAAGAUGAAGAUAAGAGUGCUGGAGAGUCUGAGGACGUUGGCGAUGAUGGAGUGUCCAAUGCCGGAUCCGAGGAUGGCGAUGAGGAUGAAGAUGAGGAUGAGGACGAUGACGGAUAUGAUCCACGCAUCGUCCAAUCCACCGAUCUCGACUGGACAGGAGACUGCCGCGUUCUUGGUUUCAAUGCCGAAGCUUCUGGCGUCAGCAAAGUAUUCGUCUCUGGUGCAGGCCACUAUUCAGACUACGGACGGAUGGAUUGUAGUAACGGAGACGAUCCGAACGCAGAGGGUGUGGAUAUGAGUGAUCUCUUCUGCUAUUCUGCCGCCAACGUAGCAGACGAUGACGAAGUCGUCUAUCCCUUUCAUUGGGACUGUUACAAACUGUUCUGUCGAUACGUAACCGGAUCUGAAGAUACUGAGUGCAUUGACAAGGAUGCCUUGUAUAGCACUAUGCGCUCCCUUUCCUCAGAAUUUGGCCAUCGUCUUGACUUGGAUUACGACGAGCCAGACACAAUGACCAAUCACGAAAUCAUCGACGAUCAAUUUUGGGAAGUGAAGAAUGGGGAAGAGCUGUAUGUCAUCUCACCCUUGACAAGAGCGCCGCUGUCACCUGAAGAGAUCGUGAAAUUGCAACAGGCUUCGGGUUUAGCUUCCCUACACUCGAGUUUGGCUGGAAAGGUCACCUCGGACCCAUUUUCCAAAGUUCCUGCCGAGAUCCUUGAUCAGAUCGUCUCUAGCCUUAGCCACAAAGACCUGUUGAAUCUGUUCAAGGCAUCUUGGUACACCCACUCCGCCUACCAUGGAAAUGAUCCAUUCUGGAGCCGAAAAAUCAGGAACACCAUGGGGUGGUUCUUCGAGCUCCAUGAAGUUCUCGAUUCUCCCGCCCACGCGGAAAAGUUGGCGAGUAUGAAGGCCGUGUAUCUGUGGGCAUGGACAAAAACCAAGCCGAGAUUCAAGCGGAAAGGAAAAUACAUGGGAACGUCAAAUCGCAGACGCAUCUGGGCUACCUGUGCGCAGCUCGCAGAGGCAUACGAGGACAUGCUGUCACAGCCUGCUGCCGAGGGUGAUGAUGCUAUUGAGACCCAGUCAGAGGAUUCAUCUUCGCCUCUUGCGUCUUCUCCUACAGCCACUGAGAUAGAAGUACUGUCGGCCCAAUAA